CAUUUCUCUCUUUAAACUCGUUCAAUCGCGAUAAGUUAUAUUUUGAUUACACAAACAAACUACCAAUCUCUUCGUUCUUCGUUGUUCAUCGUCGAGAAUGUCUUGCUGUGGUGGAAACUGUGGAUGCGGCUCUGGCUGCAAGUGCGGAAGUGGCUGUGGAGGAUGCAAGAUGUUCCCUGACAUGAGCUUCUCAGAGACCACCGCUACCAUCGAGACCUUCGUAGUCGGUUUCGCUCCUCAGAAGAUGUCCUUCGAGGUAGCAGAGAUGGGAGCAGAGAACGGCUGCAAGUGCGGUGACAACUGCACCUGUGAUCCAUGCAACUGUAAAUGAGAAGCAGCAGGUCGAAUCUUCUCAAGUGGAGAUUGUCUGAGUACAAAUAGUAUGCAUCCUUUUUAAUAACAAUUAUCAAACCUCCAAGUGUUUGCGUUCUGUCGUUGCGUCUUUUAAGUGUCGAUUGUAGUGUUCCUUUUGAAUAAUAGCUGUCAUGGAGUUGUGGAAAAACUUAUAUGCUGUUGUUAUGAUUCAGUCAGUGAUCUUCUUAGCUCAAGAUUCCUGUGUUUAUCCAUGUCUGUCUAGUGUUUUCUUCUGUAAGAAAUUAAAAACGGUACGUGCUAAUUUAUGAGAGGUAACAGAGUUUCUGUUGUUAUCCAUAUCUAUGGUUGGAAAUGAAGAACAGAGUUUGAAUCUUCUCUAA